UGUGACAGCAAAAGUCGUCAUAGGAAAGGUUAGAAAUUUCAGUUUCAUAAUAUUUUUAUAAAAUUUCACGGGAAAAUAAAAUUUUUCCCAAUUUAUUUUAGCACUCGUGUGCCUGUUUAUUAUUAAUGAGUGUGAUGUUGAAAACUUAUUUCUUCUCUAGGCUGAAUUGGAGCUUUUCUAGACGAUACAACUUAGUAGCGUCUGAAGUUUUAUUGUUUACUUCGCCGAGUGCUCAAAUUGGAAAUUCGUGUAAAAUGAAGAGAAACAUGUGGAAUCAGCCGCCGCAUAAAAUGUUCCGGCCAAAUCGUUUCGAUGACUUCGGAUCAUACCCACCGCCUUUGAUGCAGUUGCCAUUGACUCCAAUGGAGCGUCCCAUGCAAGUGGCAUGUGGUGGUCUUAGAGAUCAUCAUCAUGGAAUGUUGGUUGAGAUGUUUGGUCGUGUUGUUAAGCAAAGGUUAGGGCGAUUCCUGAUGCUCAAAGAUAGCACAGGGUACACACAGCUAAUCGCCAAUGGUGACGACAUGGAUCUCUCAAUUCGCUUCCAAAAGAUGCCUGUCGAUGCUCAAUUGAGAAUCGUGGGACGAUGUCGUUUACGUCCGGAAUCAUCGAGAAAUCGGACAACACCAACGGGAGAUGUUGAGGUUCAUGUUGAAGAGAUUUUGAGCGUAAAGGCACCAUUUAUACCAAGAUCAAUAGAAUCUAUUGCGCAGAAGCGUGGUAUGAGCACGUAUAGUAAAACUUGUCUAGGUAUCACAGCUCCAGAGCUGGCAAAAGCGAAAGGAACUAUCAGGGAAUAUUUUGACAAGAGAAAAAAUACUUGCGGAGAACUUAGGAUGGGUCAUGUGGGAAUGUUCAUAAGGCUAGUGGGAUGGCUGGAAAAUUCUCAACGCCACGGGAGAUUCUUUAGGAUGAGAGAUGGAACGGGGUUCUGUCAGGUGACAGUUGGGAACCAGGACAAAGAGAUAAUCGAAGGAAUGGCGAACUUGAAGGAAACAGACAUUAUUUUCGUGGAGGGAACAGUAACAGCUCGUCCUCCGUCGAGUCGAAACACAAAAUCUGAAACAGGAGACAUUGAGGUUAUAGUGUCGAAGUUUAAGGUCCUAUCACCUGAAGAGCCUUACAUCCCAGCAGAGUUUGAUGCAUCAGAGGAGAAAGAGGAGGAUCCUGACGAAUUGAUGAAGAUAGAUAAUGGAGAUGGUGUGAAGGUAGGUCAAAAGGAGCUACCAAAGGUUACUGUAGACACUAGUCUGUUCACUUGUCGUACUCACAAUUGUGGUGAACUCUCUACCAGUCAUAUUGGUCAGAGUGUUGUGAUUGCUGGUUGGUUGGGAUUCCAGAGAAUGAAGAAGUUCAUAACUAUAAGAGAUGGUUAUGGAACUACUCAAGUUGUUAUUCCACCAGAGAAGGUGGAUGACAUUCCGCUGGAUACCCUUGCUUUUGAAUCGAUUGUAAAGGUGAGUGGCGUAGUUACAGCUCGUCCUCCACAUUUAGAGAAUUCUGCUAUGUGCACUGGGCAAAUUGAGGUUCUAUUAGAAAGUUUUGAGGUUCUCAAUGAGUCUCGUAAGAAACUUCCAAUGGAAGUACGGGAUUUCAAUCGUGCCAGAGAAACCCUCCGACUUGAACAUAGAUACAUUGAUUUGCGCUUUGGCGAUAUGCAACGAAAUCUCCGAACGAGAUCGGAUGUUUUGAUGAAGAUGCGAGAGUUUCUCAUAAAUCGUUGUGGAUUUGUUGAGGUUGAAACACCUACGUUGUUUAGGGCAACACCAGGUGGAGCUCAGGAGUUUGUAGUACCAUCACGAAAGCGUGGUCACUUCUACUCUCUGGUACAAAGUCCACAGCAAUUUAAGCAAUUACUAAUGGCUGGAGCCAUUGAUAGAUACUUUCAGAUAGCUAGGUGCUAUCGUGAUGAAGCCACAAGAAGUGAUCGUCAGCCAGAAUUUACGCAACUGGAUGUAGAACUUUCCUUUACGGAUCGUGAAAAAGUUAUGGAACUUAUAGAAGAGGUGAUCAAGGCGUCAUGGCCAAAGGAACAUGGUGUAGUUAAGACACCAUUUCCGAAAAUGACUUACGACGAAGUAAUGUCGAAGUACGGAAGUGAUAAACCUGAUCUUCGGUUUGAUUUUGAGUUUAACGAUGUUACUGAACAUGUUAAACUCAAUGAGACUCUAGCUAGUACUUACGAAGAUUUCGUAUCUUAUGCUAUUGUACUGAAAUCUCCGAAAAAUGGGUUUCCGACUUCGUUGAAGAACACCGUUGCGUCUAUGAUAAAAGAUAUUGAGGAUACGAGAUUAUUCGUGUCUAAGAUAAAGGAACCUUCGAUAGAAGCUUGGAUUGAAUCUAAUAUCUCUAAUGCCCUCUCGAAGGAAGUAACCAAAGUUCUUGCGGAAAAACUGACCCUUGCACAGGGUGAUCUGCUGUUUCUCUCUAUUGGUCAGAGGAGAAAAACGCAGGAUUUGAUGGGGCGCAUCAGGAAUGUCAUAAUUGAGAGUUUGAAAAGUAGAGACCUUAUCCCAAAGGAAGGGACAAAAGGUAAUAAUUUUCUCUGGGUUGUUGACUUUCCGCUGUUCACUAAGGAUAAUUCUGGAAAGCUAGAAAGUACACAUCAUCCCUUUACUGCUCCUCAUCCAGAAGAUAUAGCAAAUUUGAAAGAACAGAAGAAUCUCGAAGAUAUGAAGUCCCUAGCAUAUGAUUUAGUUCUAAACGGUCAAGAGAUUGGAGGAGGAUCCAUUCGGAUUCACGAUGCAACCUUGCAGAAAUUCGUUCUGCAAGACAUCCUUAAAAUUGAUCAUUCACAUUUAAAUCAUCUCCUAAACGCUUUGGAUUCAGGAUGUCCGCCACAUGGAGGCAUAGCUUUAGGAAUAGAUAGGCUUCUAGCUAUGAUGCUAGGUACAGAAACAAUCAGAGAUGUCAUUGCUUUCCCUAAAGGUCUCCAUGGCAAAGAUCAUAUGUCUCAAGCACCUGUAAAACUAACUCCUGAAGAUCUCAAACUCUACCAUAUCUCGGUAAAUGGUCAGGAGAAUACUGGAAGUAAUGGAAAUGAGUCAGAAAUGACAGUAGAUACAUCGACUGCAGAAGAGGUUUUAACGGACAAUCUUGAAAGUUCCUCUGAGAACACUGAAAGUUCUGAUGUUAAAAUGUCGACACCCUAAGCAUUUUAAGGAUAUUUUCUACAUUUUUCACAAUUUACAAAAUCCAGAAAAAGAAAAUUCAGUCAAAAUGUUUUAUUCAAGUUCUUGGUUCACGACAGCAGUAUCACUGUAGGUCAUUAAAAGUUUCUGGUCAUGUUUUUUUUAAGCACAUCGUCGCAUUUCCAAUAAUUUCUGAUAAAAUCACAGACUUUAUCGCAAAGCUUGAAACUAUUUGGCCUUCUUCGACGGCUGAGUUGGAUGACUGGGCGUUGAAGAUGGCGCCCUCUGCACCUGAAUUGUGCGACUGAAAAGCGUGUUGGAGAUGGCGACGACCGGUGAAAAAAGUUUCAGAGGAUAUUGGCUGAAAACAAAAUUGAGUUAAAGUUCAUUCUAAUCUAAGAUACCUUUUCCUUAAGUUAUAUUUAGUCCUGAGUUUAGUGAACUAUCAUUCUAGACCUAGACUUUUAAGUACAUGUAAGGAUUUGAAAAGAUAAAACAAAUAAUAAAUGUAUUAAUAAAUAAAAUCCAGAUUCAGAUAGAAAAA